UCCCCCCGGGUCGGGGGGCGGGGGCGAGCACCGUCCCGGCCGGCGCUGAUCUCACGCCGCCAUUGGCCGCUGUCUGCGCUGACGUCACGAUCAUGAUGAGAAUUAAUGAUCGGAGGCGCUGAUUUCAUUGUGUGACGCCGGGACCGACCCAGCCGAAACCGGCUGAAUCCGGAGCCCCCCGGUAAGCACGUUUCAAUGCGUUGCCCACCAGCUGGACACCUGCCUUUCCGAAGAGCUCCAAUGUGUCUUUUCUAAGCUUGACGAGUGAAGAUUAAAUGAUGACAAGAAUCCAUGUGGAUUUCUAACUUGGAGCCCUGCAGUUCAAGAUAAAGAUGAAUCUGCGUUCUGUGUUUACUGUAGAACAACAAAGGAUAUUGCAGCGUUAUUAUGAAAAUGGAAUGACGAAUCAAAGUAAAAAUUGCUUUCAGCUGAUAUUGCAGUGUGCACAAGAAACAAAACUGGAUUUCAGUGUGGUCAGGACGUGGGUUGGCAAUAAAAGAAGGAAGAUGAGCAGCAAGAGUGCUGUAGAAUCUGGAGGUGCUCCCCCAGGGACUGCCCCUUCUGCGCCCUCGGUACCACCAGAAGCAACGGUUAGAAAUGUGGUAAAUAUCGCUCGAUCCCAAAGUCAGCAGUCUUCUUGGACCUCUUCUAAUAACGAUGUCAUAGUUACUGGUAUAUACAGUCCUGCUAGUUCAUCCAGUAGGCAAGGAUCCACCAAGCAAACAAAUGCUUCAAUGGCAGAAAUACACAAAACCUCUAUUUCAAGACUACCGGGAAAAAGUGAUGCAGACUUUCAGCAGCAGCACAUCCCUAUAGGGAGACAAAUACCACACUGUAAGAAUGCUUCCCUAUUAGUAGGGGAAAAAACUAUUAUUUUAUCUAGACAAACAAGCGUACUGAAUUCUGCCAACUCCAUAUACAGCCACACGAAAAAAAGCUAUGGUGGUUCAUCAGUACAAACUGCAGAGCUGGUGUUACCUCAGAAACCAAUGAUAUGCCACAGACCCUGUAAAGCUGAACUCAUGGGAUGUCAGAGGUUACAAAAACCAGAACACGCAGCUCUUGCUUCGCAUGUGCCCCCUGGACAAAGGGCUAACGCCAGGGACCCUUCUUGUAGCACACAGAACCUGGAGAUCCGCGAGGUGUUUUCUCUGGCGGUUACAGAUCAACCUCAGAGAAUAGUGGGAGGAAGUACAGCACAGAAGCAUUGCUCAGUGGAAGGCAGCUCUCUGUCCAUUGCGAUGGAAACUGGAGAUGUGGAUGAUGAAUAUGCUAGAGAAGAGGAGCUAGCAUCCAUGGGAGCGCAAAUACAAAGCUAUUCAAGAUACUGUGAAAGCAGCAGUUCUGUUCGAGUGGAGAACCAAAGUGCAACCUUGUCUGGGCCAGGAAGAAACGUGAGUUGUAGUUCUCAAAUGGCGAAUGCCAGGGACGUGCCUGACAGUGUGCUGUAUCACAGCAGAGACUACCACUUGCCUGCACGGACCUCAUUACACACAUCCAGUACAUUGUACAACAGUGCUAAUACAUCAAGAAGUACUUUUUCUCCUCAUUAUACAUCUUCAAAUCAACUGAGGCUGUCACAAAACCAAAAUAAUUACCAGAUUUCAGGAAACCUUACUGUGCCUUGGAUUACAGGUUGUUCCAGAAAAAGAGCAUUACAGGACCGCACCCAAUUCAGUGACCGAGACUUAGCGACCCUAAAGAAAUACUGGGACAAUGGCAUGACCAGCCUGGGCUCAGUCUGCAGAGAGAAAAUUGAAGCUGUUGCUGCAGAAUUAAACGUUGACUGUGAAAUAGUGCGGACGUGGAUUGGGAAUCGAAGACGGAAGUACCGUUUAAUGGGGAUUGAGGUCCCACCCCCUAGAGGAGGUCCUGCUGAUUUCUCUGAUCAAUCUGAAUUUGUUUCUAAAUCAGCACUUAAUCCGGGAGAGGAAACAGCUACUGAAGUGGGGGAUGAUAAUGAUAGGAAUGAUGAAGUAUCAAUCUGCUUAUCUGAAGGAAGCUCACAAGAAGAAACAAAUGAAGCUCUUCAAAAUGAAGAAAUUCAUCACAAAGAUGAUGACCGGAAUCCAGUAUCUGCUGAUAAUGUGAAAAUAGAAAUUAUAGAUGAUGAAGAAAGUGAUAUGAUAAGUAAUUCUGAAGUGGAUCAAAUGAGUUCUCUUUUGGAUUACAAGAAUGAAGAAGUCAGAUUCAUUGAAAAUGAGCUGGAGAAUCACAAACAGAAGUAUUUUGAACUGCAGACGUUUACGCGGAGUUUGAUACUUGCUAUUAGAUCAGAUGACAAAGAGCAGCAGCAGGCACUGCUCUCAGACUUACCUCCUGAAUUAGAAGAAAUGGAUUUCAAUCAAGCAUCACCGGAGCCUGAUGAUACCUCAUUCAGCUUGUCGUCUUUAUCGGAGAAAAAUGCCUCAGACAGUUUGUGAUCUUACUUCAUUUUUGUAAUUAUUUCUAAAUGACAGAAAGAAACCUCACGUAAUGUGUAGGUUUCAAGAGAACAGCGUUUUGUUAUACAGUGUUCUUCAGCCCAAAAAGGAAAGCCCAAGGGGAGGUAGAACUCCCUGAAGAAUGACUGUAGUACAUAACAGCUGCAGUUUGCAGUGUCAAGAAAUUUUGAGUGUUGUUUUUGCUAAAGGAAAGACCUGUAUGAGGAAGUGUUUCUCUUUUAGCAGUUUGGCCUUGAUUAGGAUAAACUUCUGACUUUCCAGAAUAACACUUGCUCUGUAGCACAGACUUUUUGAGCAGGGAUCCAAGAGUGGAAAACAAAUGUCCUGUUACACAAACAGCCAGUUUUUUCAGAGUUAUUUGCUCACUAUUCCUGGUUUUAAUUUUUUCCUCAUUUUGACUCAGGUAGGUGGACUAAAGAACUGAGAAUCCAAAUAGAAAAAUGAGCUUUUUUGAGUUUGUGCUUGAACUCUUUGCAGAUCUGAAAUUAAACUGAAGUGUUUUUCAUCACGUGACUUCAGAUUGUUUAAUCUUAACAUUUUGUGACCAAAACAGUUGAAAACACUUUGAAAGGCGAACAGAAUAAUUGGAACCAUCACUAAACUGUUGAUGUACAGAAUCUGUCUGUAAGCGAUCCGCCAGUGAGGUCAUGUGGGAAACCUGGUAGCUGCACUAUGUGACCCUUUUUAUACUCUCACAACAGCAGUGGGUUGGACAGAUUAUCACGGGGUUUAGUGGUUCUAUGAAUGUAGUUACCUUUUCUUAUUUGUUGAGGUGCAGUGCUGAAGUUCUGUUUGUUGUUUUAAGUACCUUUUACAUACUCUUCAACAAACCUUCCUCCCCUUUAUCAAGAUGCUCUCUUAAAUCCGUUAUGCCCUGAAAGGCAUUUAAGUGUUUAGAACUGAGCGUUAUAGACUUCCUACGUGUGACCUGGUUUUGAAGUAGCCUCGUCUGACAAGUUCUUUGGCACUGCCAUGUCACAGCUGCCAUUUUUAAACUGUGAGCUUGAUUGCAGGCGGUGGCUGAAAUGAGUUUCUGCUUUCCCAGCUGUUGGUCGCAUUGAAUCCCUUUCCUCAUCUGAAUAAAUGGAUGUGCAGACACAUUCGGGUGAAUUUAAUAGGGUUUGUAAGUGCGUGCCCAUGUUGUUAAUGCUCCGUAUCUUCUCAUCUGUAUAUUCCUCAACAAGCGUAUUCGAAACCUACUUUCACAGUUUGUUAAAAAGCCCGAUCUUUCAAUUUUACACCAAGUAAUAACACAGUCUGGUGGGUCCCUGUCCAUGCAGUGCAGUAAGUAAUCCCAUUGAUUUCAGCAUAGGUGAAGCUCAGAAAAUUCAGGCAUGGUGGCACGAAGGGGAUGACCCAGAACAUUUUUUUCCUUUAAUGCUGGGAUAAACUCACUAAUGAGUUCAGGUUUUCUCUGUCUGCUCCUCCCUAAUCACUCCUGCAGAUGUGGUAUCCUUAGGAGCUGUGCUCAGCUCUGUUCUGCCAUCUUUUUCUGUUUGGCUGUAAUAGUUGGGCGUGAGGGAUUUCCAACAAUAUUGCUAAGUGCCAGAUGCAUAAAGGUUAAAAAAAAAAA